CUACUCUCAUCCUCCUUAAUACACUUGCACGCAGAGUCGCUGUCUUGCCACUCUUGCUGCAUCGCGCAUCCUUAAUCCAAGCCCUUCCCCCCCGCUCGGGCGCCUCCUCCCCCUCCCCACCCAUUGUCCUGUUCAGCCGCCGCCGUGGCGAGAAUAUACAACCGCCGCCCCGACGAGGUGCGACGACACCAAGCCUCAGGGGCUUUAGAGAGCACCAACACAACACGCUCAACACAACUCCUGAAUCCAAGCCUCCGGUUUCUCGACGCACCAAGCAUCAAGUCUCGCUCUCUCUCACUCUACACUUUGCUCAUCAUCCAACCUUGCAUCACCACCACCUAAUACAACACAAGCACGUCGCGUCGCUCCCACCGCCCGACUUGACCACACUGCGCGAGUGCUCUCCAGUUCCUGUUUACCCGCAAUGGCCAGCGGCAUCCCCACCCGUCGCGCUACCCGUCGCGUUGAUGAGAAUGCCCCUCCGGCCCAAAACACCAUAGCCACCCGUACUCGUUCAGCAGGCGCCGCCGCGACAAGCAGUGCACCAUCAACAGCAACCUCGAUCCCCGUCAUGAAGCGCACAAGCUCGACCCUCGCCGGAAGUGCGCCUUCCUCGCGCAACAACGCCGCCGACGGCAAGCCCUCCUCAUCAGCAGUCGACGGCAAGGCGCAAGCCGGCAAGCUGGCCACCAAGCGCCGCGCUGCCCUUGGUGAACUGCCCCUUGCAUCGGACAAUGGACCAAAGGAGGGUCUCAAGGGCAAGGCUCCUGCAGGCGCCGAGCGUCGUCCCCUCGGAACUACCCAGUCGCAACAGCCUCUCCGCGCUACUCGGGGAUCACAGCCUUCGGUCACAGACGCAAAGGCUCUUGACAGCAAGACUGCCGCUACCAAGCGCAAGGUCGGCACUACCUCUACCACCACGCGCCGUGGCCCAUUAUCACGAACCCACUCCAACGCGUCCCUCGAAACAGCAUCCACUUCCACCUCAACCUCUACCCACACCGCCCGUCGUGUCCUCAAGGCGACUGCCUCGCUUCCAGAAGUCGGCCAGCCCGCGCCCAAGCGGCUACGCGCAUCAUCUGGAACACCAGAAGAUGUGUUUGGCCCAACCCACUACGAUGAGGACAACAAGGAGUUUGAGCUUGCCACCGUCCGCCUCAGCCCCAAGCGCAAGGCAAAGGACGCGGGGUGGACCGACCUCGACGCCGAGGACGAGGGCGACCCGAGCAUGGUCAGCGAGUAUGUCGUCGACGCCUUCAAGUACAUGAUGGAGAUUGAGAAGAACACGAUGGCCAACCCCGACUACAUGGACCAGCAGGACGAGCUGCAGUGGAAGAUGCGCGCGAUUCUCAUCGACUGGAUCAUCGAGGUCCACUCCAAGUUCCGCCUACUUCCCGAGACGCUCCUCAUUGCGACCAACCUCAUCGACCGCUUCCUCUCAGUGAGGCUAGUCUCCCUGGUCAAGUUCCAGCUCGUCGGCUUGACCGCCCUCUUCGUCGCCGCAAAGUACGAGGAAGUCAUCUGCCCUUCCAUCACCCACUUCCUUCACAUGACCGACGGCGGUUACGAGGUCGACGAAAUUUUGCGCGCCGAGCGAUACCUUCUCUCCACCCUCGAGUUUGACCUGUCCUACCCCAACCCGCUUCACUUCCUCAGACGCGUUUCCAAGGCGGACGGCUACGAUGUCCACGCCCGCACGGUCGCAAAGUUCUUCAUUGAAAUUUCGUGUGUCGAGCACCGAUUGCUCCCCUACCCACCAUCAAUGCUCGCAGCAGGUGCCAUGUGGCUCGCCCGCCUGUGCUUGGACCGCGGACCAUGGCACGCCAACAUGGUGCACUACUCUGGCUAUUCGCAGGCCGAGGUCCUGCCCUGUGCCCAAGUCAUGCUCGACUAUGUGGUCAGCAAGUCGCUGGACACGUCUUCGGCCUUUUACAAGAAGUAUGCCAGCAAGAAACACCUCAAGGCCUCGGUCUUUGUCUGCGACUGGGCAAUCCACCGCUGGCCCCAGUCUCACAAGGGCAACUCGCCCGAGCAGGGACGCGAGCUCGAGGCCGAGUUUGGCGACGACCUCCCUGCCCCUCCUCCUGUGACGCCAUGAACAGUUCACCUCGCACCGACACACUCUCUCGCCAGCCAGCCAUGUACACUGGCUUCAAUACCAUUCAGUUUCGUCUUUCAAGCCUCUCAACCAUCCAAACAUUAAUGGAACAAUUGCAAUAUACCACAUCUACGGUAUUCCUGUCUCGGGCCGUCCUGUUGCCCUCUGUUCCCUCUCCCCUCCUGCAUUGCAUGGUGCGGUGUUGGUCUCGUCGAUGAGACGACUACAAGGCUCGUAUGUUCAUGUGCCACUUGAUAACUAGAUG